CCACCAGUUAACCACACUAGUGCGCAUGUUUUAUAGCAUUUUAUUUAGAAAAAUUGAAUUUUAUUAAAUAAUAAAAGGAUUUUAAUUUUUUUUAUUUUUUUUACCAUUGUUAAAAUUAUCAUUUUCAUAUUAUAAUCAAUUAAAUAAAAUUAAUUAAUUAAAAUUUAAUAAAGAAAUAAUUAAAUUACACAUAAAAUAAUUAUGGCUUUAAGAGUAAUAGCUUCUUCAAAAAAUAUAAAAAAUAUUGUUAAAACCAUAGAAGGAAAUUUUAUGAGAUGUUUAGCAACAGCCGCUGAUAAUAAAAAUAUUGGUUUUAUUGGACUUGGUAAUAUGGGGGGUCACAUGGCUACAAAUUUAAUGAAAAAGGGUCAUAAAUUGCAUGUUUACGAUGUUUCAAAACCAGCUUGCGAAGCAGUUAGAGCCAAGGGUGCAAAAAUUGCAGAUUUAUCGGAAAUUGCAAAAAUGGAUUAUGUUAUAACAAUGUUACCAAACAAUGAUAUCGUUUAUAAUACAUUUGAAGAAUUAAUGAAAAAAGAUAUCAACAAGAAUGCUUUAUUUAUUGAUUCAAGCACAAUAGAUCCAAAUGUUGUUAAAUCUAUUCAAAAAAUUGUGAAAGCAAAAGGAGCACGUUUCGUUGAUGCACCAGUUUCUGGUGGAGUUCCUGGUGCUGAACAAGCCACAUUAACAUUUAUGGUUGGCGGUACAGUUGAUGAAUAUAAUGCAGUAAAACCAGUUUUAGAAGGUAUGGGUAAACGCAUUACACACUGUGGCAGUUAUGGUAUGGGUCAAGCUGCAAAACUAGCAAAUAAUAUGAUGUUAGCUAUAUCAAUGAUUGGUGUUUCAGAAGCAAUGAAUUUGGCAAUACGAUUAGGUUUAGAUGCUCAAACAUUUGCUGAUAUUAUUAAUUCAUCAACUGGCCGUUGCUGGAGUUCUGAAAUGUAUAAUCCAGUUCCUGGAAUUGUAAAGACAGCACCAGCGAAUUUCGGAUAUUCGGGUGGUUUUUCAACAGAUUUGAUAACAAAAGAUUUAGGAUUAGCAUCAGGAGUUGCUACAGCCUCAAAUACUCCGAUUCCUAUGGGUGCCCUAGCUCAUCAAAUUUAUAGAACACUAAAAUCUCAAGGAUUAGGAAACAAAGACUUUUCAGUAGUAUACGAUUUUAUGAAAAAUGAAUCUAAUAAUUAAUAUCUAAAAUUUAUUCAUUUUUAAGCAUUAUAAGAAAUGUAGGUUCACAUAUACCUACGAAAAAAGUUUGCAUUUAUUUUGAUACUAGAUACAAUUAGUAAAGACACAUACGUACAUUAAUAUAUAUGUUUGUACAUAUGUGCAUUCAUAUAAAUGUAAUUUAUGUAUAUGCGUUAGGUAAACUAAAAAUGCAUUCAUGCGUUUAAGAUGCACUAUUCGGAACAUAAUUAAUAUGAACUGAAUUGUGCCUCAUAGACGCAUAGAUGAUUUUUUAAUUUACCCGUUACUUUCAUAAUAGAUUUGUUUUUACUCUAUUUGAAUGCAUGAAUGCAAGAAUUUAUAAAAAAUAAUUUUUAAGUAAACGGUAUACGUGCGAUCCUAACGUGUUAAUCUUAUAUUUUUGUAUGCAUUUCUGAAAUAAAAUCAUUUUUUUAUGUACAUA